CUGUGUGGGGUAGUCGAGUCCCCCCCAGAGGCUCCGCGGCCCCGCCGCCUGCUCCCGAGGGUCCCCCGCACCCGGCCUUCGCCUCGGCGCCCCAAGCCUCGUCUUCCGUCCUUUCGUGGGGUAAUUCCCUCAGAAAGUGAUUUAAUUGCAGAAGACUGGUCAAAAUGAUGUCCAAAAAGCAGCUAUCAAAAUCUGAGGACACAGGGAGCCUGAGAGAAGAUGCUUCCAAAGCCAGAAAACAAAGGACAAAGAAACCUCUUGCUAAUAAUGAAGUUGAAGAAAAUGACAGUGUCUUUGUAAAGCUUCUUAAGACAUCAGGAGUUACUCUUAAAACAGGAGAGAGUCAAAAUCAGCUGGCUGUGGAUCAAGUCAUUUUCCAAAAGAAGCUUUUUCAGAACCUGAGGAAACAUCCUUCUUAUCCCAAAAUAAUAGAAGAAUUUGUUAGUGGCCUGGAGUCUUACAUUGAGGACCAAGACUGUUUCAGGAACUGCCUUUUGUCUUGUGAACGCCUGCAGGAUGAGGAAGCCAGCACGAGCACAUCUUACUCUAAGAGCCUCAUUAAGUUGCUUCUGGGAAUUGACAUAUUGCAGCCUGUCAUUAUCAAAACCUUAUUUGAAAAGUUGCCAGAAUUCUUUUUUGAAAACAUGAACACUGAUGGAAUCAACAUGCCUCGGCUCAUCAUCAGUCAGCUGAAGUGGCUUGACAGGGUCAUGGAUGGCAAGGAUCUUAGCGCUAAAAUGAUGCAGCUGAUCAGUAUUGCUCCAGUGGACCUGCAGCAUGACUUGAUCACAAGUCUGCCUGAGAUCCUAGGGGACUCCCAGCAUGCUGAUGUCGGGCAAGAAUUGAGUGACCUUCUAAAGGAGAAUACUCUGCUCACUGUCCCUAUCCUGGACGUGCUUUCCAGUCUGCAGCUUGACCCAAGUCUCCUGAAGAAGAUCCGCCAGUUGGUGAUGGGUAAGCUGUCAUCUGUCCGAUUGGAUGAUUUACCUGUGAUAAUCAAGUUCAUUCUUCAUUCCAUAACAGCUGCGGAUGCACUUGAGGUAAUAGCUGAGCUUCGGGAAAGGCUGGAUCUGCAGCAUUUUAUUCUGCCAUCAUGGUUAUAUGCCCCCCAAAGCAAGCUGAAAAAUAAAGGAAGAACAAGUUCUUCAGGAAAUGAAGAAAACUGCGGUGAGAACUGUAUUUUUCUCCUCUUUGAUGUAAUAAAGUCAGCUGUCAGAUACGAGAAAAUCAUUUCAGAAGCCUGGAUUAAGGCAAUUAAAAACAUUUCUCCUGACUCUGAACACAAGACUUUUGACCUGGCAAUGACUCUCAUCAUCUAUAGCACCAACACCCAGACAAGGAAGUUUACUGAGAGGGUGCUAAGAAGUAAGAUUCGAUCAGGCUGCUUUGACGAACAGCUGCUAGAGGGUACAUUUUGUAUUCAUUACAUGGUUCUUAAGGAUGUUUGUCCAUCCAUUCUGUCUCUGGCUCAGAGUUUGUUGGACUCACUAGACUACGGCCUGAUGUCAUUUGGCAGUCUCCUGUACAAAUAUGCAUUUAAGUUUUUUGAUACUUACUGCCAGCAGGAAGUGGUUGGUGCCCUGGUGACCCACGUCUGCAGCGGGAAUGGAGCAGAGACUGACACCGCCCUGGAUGUCCUGCUGGAUUUGGUGGUCCUGGACCUGCCUGCUAUGAGGCUGAACGCUGUCUUUGUGAAGGGUAUAUUAGAUUAUCUGGAUAAUAUGACUCCUAAGCAAAUACGAAAACUCUUCUAUAUUCUCAGUACUCUGGCAUUUAGCAAACAGCAUGAAGCCAACAGUCACAUCCAGGAUGACAUGCACCUGGUGAUACGAAAGCAGCUCACUAGCAACGUGUUCAAGUACAAGCUCAUUGGGAUCAUUGGCGCUCUCGCCAUGGCUGGCAUCAUGGCGGCCGACAGAAGUAGAUUUUUCGGUUUGACCCCAGGGAGAGCAGACCUGAGCAAUGAGGAGUGCACACAGGUGACCUCCCUGCUGCAGCUGGUCCACUCUUGCAGUGAGCAGUCUCCCGAGACCUCUGCGCUUUAUUACGAUGAGUUUGCCAACCUGCUCCAGGGAGGAAAGCUGGCUCCCAAAGCCCUGGAAUGGAUUGGACAAACCAUCUUUAAUAAUUUCCAAGAUGCCUUUGUGGUGGACCUCUGUGUUGUUCCAGAAGGUGACUAUCCGUUCCCGGUGAAAGCCCUCUACGGACUAGAAGAGUAUGGCAGUCAGGAUGGAAUUGCCAUCAACCUCCUGCCACUCUUGUUUGCUCAGGACUUUGCGAAAGAGGAGGGUGGAACUUCACGGGAACCAGACCAAAAGUUGGUGUCUCCAUUGUGCCUGGCUCCCUACUUCCGGUUACUGAGACUGUGCGUGCAGAGACAACAUGAUGGGAACUUGGAGGAGAUCGAUGGUUUAUUAGACUGUCCUAUAUUCCUCACUGACUUGGAACCGGGGCAGAAACUGGAGUCCAUGUCUGUUAAAGAACAUUCGUUCAUGUGUUCACUCAUAUUUCUUACGCUCAACUGGUUCCGAGAGGUUGUAAAUGCCUUCUGUCGGCAAACGUCACCAGAGAUGAAGGGGAAGGUGCUCACGCGCUUAAAGCACAUCGUAGAGCUCCAGGGGCUCUUGGAGAGGUACUUGGCAGUCACCCCGGACUAUGUUCCUCCUCUUGCAAACUUUGACUUGGAAACUGCAGAUGUAAUGCCUCGUACCUGCCGUACUUUUUCACUUAAACCCAGAAUACAGGGGAAAUUAGGAGGAAGAAAACGAAAAGCAGAUGGCAACAAAGCAUCCUCCUCUGACACACUUUCGAAGGAAGAUAGUCUGCCAAGUGACCACACACAGACGGACAGAAGCCAGCUGGCCAAGGACUGCAAAGGGAAAGAGGACAGGACAGCAGUGUCACUGCAGAAUUACCAUGUGUUUUUCCGAGAGCUGGACAUCGAAGUCUUCUCAAUUCUACAUUGUGGGCUUGUGACCAAGUCUGUCUUAAAUACCGAAAUGCACACUGAGGCCGCUGAAGUUGUGCAUCUUCAGCCCCCUGAGCUGCUUUUCUUGCUGGAAGAUCUGUCCCAGAAACUGGAGAAUGUACUGGCACCUCCUGCUGUCCAGAGAGUCCCCUUCUUCAAGGGUAAAGGAAGCCGCAACGUUGGGUUCUCGCAUCUCCAUCAGAGAUCUGCCCGAGAAAUUGCUCAUAGUGUUGUACAGCUGCUGACCCCGAUGUGUAACCACUUGGAGAACAUGCAUAACUAUUUUCAGUGCUUAGCUGCCGAGAAUCAUGGGAUAGUAGAUGGACCAGAAACGAAAGUUGAGGAGUACCACAUGAUGUCUUCAUGCUAUCAGAGGUUGCUACAGAUUUUUCAUGGGCUUUUUGCUUGGAAUGGAUUUUUCCUACCUGAAAAUCAAAAUUUGCUCUACUCAGCCCUUGAGGUCUUUACUAAUCGACUGAAGCAGGUAGAGCCUGACCAGCCCUUGGAGGAACUGCUCAGCCAAAGCUUCCAUUACUUACAGAAUUUCUGUCACAGUAUCCCCAGUUUCCAGUGUGCUCUCUAUCUCAUCAGACUUCUGAUGGUCAUUCUGGAGAAAUCUACAUCUCCUGCUCAGAACAAAGAGAAAAUUGCGUCCUUGGCCCGACAGUUCCUCUGCCGGGUGUGGCCAAGUGGGGAGAAGGAGAACCGGGGCACCCCCAGUGACCAGCUCAGAUCUCUGCUCUGCAUCUACCUGGAGCACACGGACAGUGUCCUGAAGGCCAUAGAGGAGAUUGCGGGUGUUGGUGUCCCAGAACUGAUCAACUCUUCCAAAGAUGCAGCUUCCUCCACGUUCCCUACGUUGACCAGGAACACCUUUGUCAUCUUCUUCCGUGUGAUGAUGGCUCAGCUGGAGAAGACAGUGAAAGACCUGCAGGCUGGCACAGCAGCAGACCCGCAGGAGAUUCACGAAGAGAAGCUCCUCUACUGGAACAUGGCCGUUCGAGACUUUAGCAUCCUCAUCAACCUGAUAAAGGUGUUUGAUAGUCGGCCUGUUCUGCACGUGUGUCUGAAGUACGGGCAUCUCUUCGUGAAAGCAUUCCUCAAGCAGUGCAUGCCGCUCCUGGACUUCAGUUUCAGAAAACACCGGGAAGAUGUUCUGAGCUUAUUGGAAACCUUCCAGUUGAGCACAAGGCUGCUCCACCACCUGUGCGGGCAUUCCAAGAUUCACCAGGACACAAAACUCACCAGACAUGUGCCUUUGCUCAAAAAGACCCUGGAGCUGUUAGUUUGCAGAGUGAAAGCCAUGCUCGUCCUCAACAAUUGCAGGGAGGCUUUCUGGCUGGGCAAUCUCAAAAACCGGGACUUGCAGGGUGAAGAGAUUAUAUCCCAGAAUUCCCAGGAGAGUACUGCGGAUGAGAGUGAAGAUGACCCUUCUUCCCAGGUCUCCAGGAGCAAAGCAGAGGAGGAUGGUGAAGAUGAUGAAGCAAGUGAUGCAGAAAACGAGCAAGCUAGUGAUGACAGCGACGAUGCCUCUGAUUAGCACACACUGACGCCCUCCCCGCCUCUUAGCAUUUUGUGUUCAGGUUUGAAGUCUGGUACUUGCCUCUCUGGACACAUCCUAUCUUGUGUGUAUUUCGCAGACUGUCUGGCAUCACCGGGGACCCUUGCUCUUAGCUCACGGUAGCAUCACUUACCAGUUGGGGUGAGGGUAGCUGUGCUGUGGAGUAGUAGUCCUGGUUCUGGGCGCUGAGCUAGUUUUGAAACUGAUAUUUUUUCUAGAAUUAGGCUUGUACCAGUUCUACAAAUAAAGUCUGUUUGAAGUUGUGUCUCAGCUGCCUUAUUCCUGUUCCUGGAUUUCCUUCAUUAUUCAGGAAUUAGGUGGAAUUGAAUUGGGGUUUGUGUGGAGAAAUAAUAG